GGGGCGGAGCUGCGCGUGCGCGCAGCCUAGGCGCGCGCCCCUGGGGGCCGUUGAAAAAUGGCGACCGUUGCCGAGCUGAAGGCGGUUUUAAAGGACACCUUGGAAAAAAGAGGAGUAUUAGGGCAUUUAAAAGCAAGAAUUCGAGCUGAAGUUUUCAAUGCCCUUGAUGAUGAAAGUGAACCUCGACCAUCAUUGUCUCAUGAAAACCUUCUAAUUAAUGAAUUAAUUCGGGAGUAUUUGGAAUUCAACAAAUAUAAGUAUACAGCAUCUGUCCUCAUAGCAGAAUCUGGUCAACCCAUAGUUCCAUUGGACAGACAGUUUCUCAUCCGUGAACUAAAUGCAUUUGAAGAAUCAAAGGAUAAUACAAUAGGAAGAAACAUUUAUGAGGCUGGGGACGUUAAGAAUCUUGCUGAGGUCAAGUGGCAGGACCAGGAUUUGAACCCAGGCAAGGAUUUAUUAAUCCAACCUCUUUUGUAUGGAAUUUUAGCUCAUUUCUUGCAUGGAACUAAGGAUGACAUCCAAAAUACAUUUCUGAAAGGGUCUUCACUUCAGCCUCCAAGCCCAAAUCUUGGCAGACAACCUAAUGGAAGAAAGCAAAUGGAGGACCACCUACAGAAGGAGCAGGGCAGGCGCGCUAACACUGAAAACCUGCACGCUUCUCCCGCAAUGAAGAGAUGACAUUUCCAUUUGGAGCGUUUUUUUCUAAACUUGUAUGUAUUAAAUAACUUAUUUAUUCUCCUAAUGUUACCAGAAUUCAUCACUAGUAUUUGUACUUUGUGGAAAUGUGAGUUUCUGCAAAACCUUUAGCCCCUUGUGUUUUACUGCAUUUGUGAAUAAAAGCUAACUCUGUCAUCUAGCUUACCAGAUUUGACUUGAAAGAAAAUGUGUUGCUUUUAGGAAGCUUUUAAAGGCCCCUAAAUUUUUGAGAAAUGAAAGGGUUUUUUUAGUACCCUAUAAAUUCUUCUAAAAAAGUAAUCAGGUCUUUAUAGCCAUAUGCUCUGUUCUUUUUUUGGCUGUACCACAUGGCUUGCGGGAUCUUAGUUCCCCAAACAGGGAUUGAACCCAGGCCCCGGCAGUGAAAGCGCUGAGUCCUAACCACUGGAGUGCCAGGGAAUUCCCUGCUCUGUUCUUUACCAUGGCACAUUAAUUAAAUUUCCUUCAGGCUGGAAUUAUGUGGAUUUAUAGGAAAAUUCAUUCAUGUUUAAAAAAGAAAAAUUUAAAAGAACACCAAAACCAGAAAAAACUAUAAUUCCUAUAAAGUUUGAUUGUUUUGUGGGGUGGAACUAGCUAUUUUUCAGAUAACCAUUUAUAAUUAGGUUUAAAUAUCUGAAUUACUACCCAAAUUUGAACUUUAAAACUUGGUAACGAUGUACUUCUUCUUUACGUAGACAGUUUGGCUUCUCCUAGAAGAUUUAAUUAAAAGGUGUGUGGGGGGGAAUAAUUCUUUUAAUUCUGCUCUAAGUAAAACAAAGAGUUUAUUACGUGAAGAAUGUGGAAUAAACAUGAAGAGACAGGCUUUAUGAGAAAUACCAGAAAGUACCUUUUAAAAGAUGGCAUUGUUUAACCUCCAUGUGGCCUUCAGCUGUGCAAUUACAAGAUGAGCUAUGAAAGGGCCAACCCUUACUUGUAUGGGCUCUGAGUGUCUUAUUAAAUGGCGAUUUUUAUUCUUGGGGUAGAAAAAUAGUAAGAGCUCUUAUAAUGCCAUCUCUAAAAUGCUACUUUGAUAUUUAUUGACAUUUUUAUAAUGUGGAGUCUUCAGACUGAUUUCACUGAAAACAACAAACUAUUAUAGUAGACGCCUGAUUGGCACAAAUCAUAAGGUGUAUUCAGAACAAAACUGCAUGGGUGCCUGUACACUGACAACAUUUAGCUUAAACAUUUUCCACAGGGAAGGUGAUAAGGGCUGUAGUUGACAGAAUUGGCGUUCUUUUCAGGGUAUAGAUUCUGUGCUACUUUUGGAAAUUAUUGAAACUUGAUUUUAUUUUUGGUGCUAGUCAGGGUUCAGUCCUUACAGAUUAACCAAGAAUUUUUAUCUGAAUGCAGAAAAUUAUUAAAGAAAUUGCCUUAAACCAUACUUUACAAGUCAAAGGAUUUUGAGAGGCCCUGUUGGUGGGCUAAAAUUACAUAUACAGAUGUAGAAGUAUUAUAAGGGCUCAUUUCCAUUUUUUAAGUGAAAUCUAUAGUACCUGAUUACAAUUAUGAAUUCCAUUGUAUUGUAUGCGGAGUAUAAAUAUCUGAAUUCUUCUCAGAGGAUUUAGUUUACAUGCAGGGUUGUUGGCAGUGGACACUGUUUACCUCAGGAAUUGCAAUCAUGCAGGACUAGGUUAAGAAAAAAUGCUGGAGUUUGUCAUUUUGGAUACUGAUAUAAAAUCAUCAAAAUAGAAGCUAAACAGAAUUGUCACAUGUAGUCUAUAGCGCAUUUGUAUGCAUUAUUCUAUAACUGGUUUGUACCUAGGCAACUUUUAUACUUUCAGUGUAUCAUUUAAUAAAAAAAAAAAAAAU